AUGCGGACCAGGGCCGCUCCGUCCUCCGGCAUUCUAUCCACUCUAAUCGGCUCCGGGACCGGGCUAACGCCCGGUCGUGUCUGCACCUUUCGAUGGUCAUCCACAUUUGCAGUUCCAGCAUCCAGUCAACAGCCUUUCAAACUCCUCACUCAUCGACAUCUCACGGGACCAGGCCUCAAUCAUUUUGUUUCUUACGACACUGCCCACGCUACUCAAGAGGACCUCCGCUCCCAAUUCCUUCGGUGGAAAGGUUUGACCGAUGAAGAGCAAAAAGGCGAUAUACCUCAUCCUCAUCUCAUUUCGUUUGAGCCUACGCCAACCCUGACCCUUGGGCGUCGUCAGCCUCCAUUGACUACGGCUCAAACAUCCCGUUUCCAGGCACCUCUUUCCGUUUCCCUUUCCAACCGACGCAACCCUGUUCCUAAACAGACCUUUACUCCUGAUGUUAGGCAAACAAGUCGUGGUGGUUUAACAACAUACCACGGCCCAGGGCAGCUCGUACUAUGGCCUGUACUUGACAUGCAUUCGCCAUUAUUUGCGCACUACUCUGUUAUGUCUUAUGCCAGUCAUCUCGAAGCCACCACGCGUCGCCUGCUCGCAGAUUUGUUCGGACUGGAAACUUACACGACACGGGACGAGCCUGGAGUGUGGGUUUACACUUCUGCCGAUCAGCCGGAACGCAAGAUAGCGGCAAUGGGCGUCCAUCACCGGCGGCACGUUACGGCACUGGGUAUCGCUGUGAAUAUCGAUGUUCCUGUUGAGGGGCCCGAGGAUGUUAACCCGUGGGCUCGUUUCGUUCCCUGCGGUCUUGAGGGCAAGCUCGUUACCUCGGUGGCUGCCGAGUUGAGAGAACAUGGGGAUAUAUCACGAUUGGAUAGUUGGGAUAUGACCUCUCUGGCAAAUAGAUGGGCGACGAUGUUUGACGAGGGAUUGGUAGAUGAGGCAAAGCGGGAUGUUGAUGGCGAAGUAAGCUCUGGACUUCGCCGAGCUGCGGUAUAG